AUGACUUGGCACGCCCAACUUGUGCUGGUGCUGGCCCUGGCCUGCAUGGUAGCCGCCUCGUGCUUUGGCAUGUCGGACGACUGCUCCGAUAACCCGAUCCCGCUGCGACAAUUCAAUCCGCUCAACUUCCACGCCAAAACAUGCAACCUCAAGUGGAAGAACGGCUGCACCAUCCUAGACAAGCACGGCGAGCUACAGCAGAAGCCGCCUCCGUUCCCGCUGUGUGAUGCGCUGCACCGGUCAUCCGGGCUACUGCCCAUCGACGCCUACUCGCUGGCGCUGCAGCACAACCACUUUGCUCCGGACUCGGCCAGAUUCACGCUGCAUGGCCUAUGGCCCAGUUCGGCGGGUGGCUCUGGCGAGAAGAACCAGCCCUAUGGCUGCCUCAAUGGCGAGGAGUUCGAUGAGUCGAUCCUCACGACCUUUGGCGACCUGCUGAGCUACUUCUGGCCGACGGACGCAAAGUUCCACAACACAAUGCAAUGCUUCAUCCUGUCUGAGUAUAUGAAGCAUGGCACCUGUGCAGUAAUUCCCGGCGCUGACGGUCUGGCAUUCCGGAUCCCGCAGGAGGCCUACUUCCGCACGGCAUUUGUGCUAGCCCGCGAGUACAAUGCAAACGCCGCGUUGGCAGAGCAGCUACAGGACCUGGAGCCGUUAGUUAGCACCCGAUGCGUGCAAUGCGCAUAUCUGGCGACGGUGGGCUGGACAGAAACAGACGUGGCCAGCGUGCCGCGCAUGUCGGGCGACUGCAUUGACCAGUGCUUUGCUUGCGGCGACCACUGGGAUAUAUGUCCGCCGGCACAACUGGACAGCACCGUGUUGCUGGACCCUAGCAACGCGCCGCUGAAGAAGAGUGAUAGUAGCAGCAGUGGAAAUGCGAGCUUCCCGCUGCUGGAAUUUGCUAUGCCGGCCCUGAGCAGUGACAACACCUCCCCCUGGGAGGGCACCUGGCGCUCAUUUGGCGCCGAAGAGCUCGGGUCCGGCAAGUUUGAGUUCGCGCAGACGUUUACUGAUAACGUCUUGACCGUUACCACCGACAGCCCAUACCCCCUGACAUGCACCUACGAGCCGCAAUUACCAGGGGAGCUGGUACUGCGAUGCGGCGACGAGCACCUGGAGGACUGCCGGGUGCAGCGGCUGCCGGAUAUUGGUGGGCUCGAGGUGGCCUUUCUGGCCUGUAACCAUACCGGGGCGCCGGCGCCGGCGAGCUUCUACGCCGCCAUGGACACACCCGGAUGCGGCAACUUUCUUAUGUUCCGUUGCAAGGCGUCGGACGCGGGCUGUGCCUUUUCUCCGGAUGCCAUCUCGGCGACCGGCAGCAAAGCGUCUAAGCCCGAGACUGAGACCAAGAUCGAGCCCGAGUCUGAGCCCAGCCCUGUAAGCCACUCCCAGCCGGGCAUUGCGGGAGCGCCUCCCUCUCUGCUGGGCUCAUGGCGCUCACUCCAGGUAUCCAGCCACUAUGAAGAUGGCCUCGCGCAAUGGAACUUUACUGCCGACGGCCAGGCAACGAUGCAGUGGCCAAACUACCCUGGCCGCGGCGUCCAGCGCUACUCAGUCUCGCACUCUGACGAGGAUCCUAGCCUGGUGCUCCUCGCCACCGCCAGCGGCACCAUCACCACCUGUCGCUUCCAGUUCCAGUUCCAGCCGGUAUACUCGUACGCCGUGCUCAACUGUGAAUCGCCGGUAGAAAACAAGGAUAAUACACAAAACACACAAUGGGCCAUGGGCCGGUGUAACCCGUGCAAUGUCCACUGUCGCUACUCAUGCAGCCCCGAGAACGACUUCUGCGGCGCCGGUUCAUGCGACCCAACCGACUCGGUACAAGGAGCAUUUACUGGCACUCUGCCCUCGCCUCCUCACAAUACACACACAACACUUGAAUACAGCCAUGACUGGUGCACACCCGAAGACUCCAGGUGCUGGCCCACCAAGACGGCCAUCCGGAAGCUAGAGCGGGCGCUAGACCCCGCAGUGCCCCGGCUCGGCGUCCGGUGGAGCAGCUACCCGCAGCCGCAGCCGGCGCCGGUCCCGAUGGGCUCCGCUCACAACCAGUCCUUCUACGGCCUGGGCGACGCGCCCGAGGGCCUCAGGGCACUGUACUACUAUGAGGAUAUUGCCGAGAUGCAGCGCCCAUGCUUUAACCCGCACAAGGGUCCCUCCAUAUGGAACGUCGCGUCAGACAUGUGCAAAGCCGCGCUGCACCAGAAUGAGUACCGCGACUGGAACCCCUUCAUCGUUGUCUUUCCGCUCAACGAGCGCCAUAUAGCCGCCGCCCUGACAUUCGCCGCGAGGCACCGCCUGUGCAUUGCUACCGCCGGCACUGGUCACGAGUACAACAGUCGCAACUCAUGCCCGACCGGCGGCAUCCUCAUCCGCACAAUCUUGCUUAAGGACAAGGCCUUUAUGCAUACCUGGCGGGAGGACCCGGCUCUGGCCCCCGCCGGCGCAUUCCGCUUUGGCGCCGGCGCCGUCUUCGCCGAGAUGCAUCACUUCUCGGGCGAGCACCACCGCGCUAUUGCGUCGGGCUGGUGCUCCACCGUCGGCAUGGUUGGCUACCAUCUCGGCGGCGGCCACGGGCCCUUUGCGCCGUCGAUGGGCCUCGGCGUCGAUAACUUGCUGGAGAUUGAGGUCUUGCAAGUCGGCCGCGACGCUCACGGCCAGCCCAUCGUCCAUAAGAAAAUCGCCAGUCGCCGUCGCAAUCCGCAGCUCUUCUGGGCCAUGCGCGGCGGCGGUGGUGGGGUCUGGGGUGUUAUUCUCUCCAUGACGAUCCGCGCCCACGCCGUGCCCGAUGGUGGUCUCAGCCGCGUCUUCAUGGUCCAGAACGGCACGUUUUGCCAAGAUUCGCGGCCGUUUGGCUAUGAGUGGCUGCGCGCCAUGUGGCCUCGCUUCGUCGAGUGGCAGUUAAGGCUCAACCAUAAGGUCAGCACGCAACCCUCGUUCUUCAUCAAUACCACCGAGUACGCGACGGGUGGCCUCUGCGCAGUCACUUGGACGUUUAACUUUGAGUACUUCUACGCCGGCGGUCAAGCAGAGCCAGACUAUGUUCUGUUCCGCGACCGCCUCAAGGACGACGUGCUGCAGGCGACGGCGGUGCAGGAGAACAACUUCAACUCGGCCUAUGACUACAUCCUCUUCAUGCCCGCCAACAAGUUUCCACUCUCCGUCACGAACCCGCUGCCGGCGCCGCACCCGCCCUCCGAUGCGGCCACUGGCUCUCAGAACUCGGUCCUUGUCUCGCGGCAGGCCAUGGAGACAAAGUUUGCCUCGACCAUGAUGGACGUGCUAGAUAUCUGCGUGGAGACCCUGAAGCAUCCUGACCCAACGUCGCCGGACCCAGCGAAACAGCGAUGCGGCUUCCACUACCUCUACACCUCGCUGACGGGCAAUCUGGGGAGCUCGCAGCCGGACGACACGGCCAUCUCACCAGGCUUUCGCUCAGCGCUCAUGCUAUGGAAUGCCCGGACCUUGACAACGCAGCAGUCGAUGGACACGAUAUACAAGCUUGGGCCAAACAGCUACUUCUCUGAGAGCUCGUAUGUGAUGCACAACUGGACGGCGAGGUACUGGGGCCAGAAGAGGUACGAGCAGUUGCUGGCUGUGAAGAAGGCGCACGACCCGGGGAAUCAUUUCUGGUGCCAUCAUUGUGUUGGGGAUAAUCCGGAUGAUGCGUAUGGGAAUCCGCUGGGUGCUGCAGCUGAUUUUGUCAAGGUAGAUGACACACAGGAGCAGCUACCUCUUAGUUGA